AUGUCUGUUUUAUUUCACUUAGAAGCACGGUCUAAAGUCCUGGGGGAGGCGAAGUUCUGUGAGAAGAUGGCCCAGUUUGACGCUAAGAAGUUUGCAGAAGGCCAGCCCAAGAAAGAUACCCUACGGAAAGAGAAAGGCUCACGGGAAGAAACGCAAAAGCCUCAGGCUGAAUGGAAAGAGGAGAAGAAGGCGGCUGCCCCGGACAAGUGUGGGGAGGCACUGGCUGCUGUGCCUAAGGCCAAGGACCCCUUCACACACCUGCCUAAGAGCACCUUAGUGUUGCAUGAGUUUAAGCGCAAGUACUCCAAGGAGGACACCCUAUCUGUGGCGCUGCCUUACUUCUGGGAGCACUUCGACAAGGACAGCUGGUCCCUGUGGUUUGCUGAGUACCGUUUCCCGGAAGAGCUCACUCAAACCUUCGUGAGUUGCAACCUCAUCACUGGAAUGUUCCAGAGGCUAGACAAGCCGUGGAAGAAUGCCUUCACCAGCGUCAUCCUCUUCGGCACAAACAACAGCAGCUCCAUCUCAGGAGUCUGGGUCUUCUGGGUCCAGGAGCAGGCCUUUCCGCUGAGUCCAGACUGGCAGGUGGACUACGAGUCAUACACGGAGAAGAAGCUGGACCCCGGCAGUGAGGGAAUGCAGACGCUGGUGCAAGAGUACUUUUCCUGGGAGGGGGCCUUCCAGCAUGUGGGCAAAGCUUUCAACCAGGGCAAGAUCUUCAUGUGA